AUGUCGAGUGGGGUGCCCUACAUCGGGAGCAAGAUCAGCUUGAUUACCACCUCGGAUAUGCGAUACGAAGGGUUUCUUCGGACGCUGAACCGGGAGGAAUCAACCAUCGCCGUAGAAAGCGUCAGAUCCUUCGGCACCGAAGGUAGAGCAGACCAGACCAGAGGGCAGUCAGAGAUCCCGGUGUCCAACGAAAUCUACGACUUCAUCGUCUUCCGAGGCAAGGACCUGAAGGAUUUGACGGUGCUCCAGGGCAUUCCGGAGAAUGCGCCGCAGCCGCAGCCGGCACCGGCAACAAGGCCGCCAGCGCAAAGUCCUCCUCACAUGCAGGGCAGCUACGGCCAACAUUUGAACAAGAAAAGCAUCGAGUAUGAUACGGGCCCCGGCAUGUAUCAUCCCUCGCAGAUGGCUCCAUCUGGGCCGAUGGGUGAAGGCCCCUCGGGUGGAUUCGGCUCGAGUGGUUACCAGCGGCAUUCGCCCCCUGCCGUCUCGAGGAAUGGCUACGGCCCGCCACCUUCCAGCUGUGGUGGUGCAGGCGUUGGGCACAUGGGCGACAGCCUGGGUGGCAGCUAUUUGAGCACCGGCAGCCGGCCCCCUUCGGAGAAGUCCGGCUAUGGACAGGUUCGCAUCGAGGCGCCGUCCAGAACGCCGCCUUCGUACCACGACGGGCCGCAUGGGCCGCCGCCUUCUUAUGUCGAGCGGCCUGCACCCUCUCAGUACGAGGAUCUCCCUGCAGGUCCACCCAGAGGCGGCCCAGGCUGUGGUCACAGGAUGGGCGACGAGGGCAAGGGUGGGCCAGCUGCGCCGCGGCCCCCUGGCGCCAUGACGUCACAUGUACAGGAGGGCAAGGACAGAAAUGGUCACGUCGCCUACGGCAUGCCAGGAGCGGUCGAGGGCAAGGGAGCCAGCGCCGGCUUCAACCCUUCGGUCGAGGCAAAGGGCCGAGGGCGCGGCAAGGGCGGCCAGAAGCAGACGCUCUCGGAGGUCCUCAAGACGCACAAAAAGGCAGAAGAGGCCAUCGUCAAGCUGAUGCGUAGCCAAGGCUCCGCUGCGGUGAGUCCGCAGGAGCUUAGGGCGAUGAGCGAGCAGCAGAGCUGCAUCUACCAUUUUCACCUGGACUACCUCAACUUCUGUGGGCCUGCGUCAGGUGGUGCCGUCUUCUCGCAACAGAGUGAUGAACAGAAUUGGGAUAGUCUGCGAGAGCCUCAGACUGAGCAGAGCUGGUGGUACUGUGUUAGUUUGUGUAUAGUUUACCGAUCGGGUACUUGGACAUCUCCAUCCGAAUCCAGAGCAGUCAUAGCAUAUCUGCUCUUCAAGCUGGCCGAGCAUGUUGAUGCGGCUGCCUUCGGGAUUUCUUCUAUUUGUGGCAGCUUUGCUGGCAGCCAGGGCCAAAGCGCUGAAAAAACACUUCGAGAAGGAUUUUGGAUCUGGCCGGGACCUCUGUCAAAGCAAGAUUUGCAGCUGCGGUUUCUAAGAUCUCGACACAAUCGGCUUUUAAAUCGAAGUCGCAAGAGCAAGUGUGAUGCCAGCAAGAGUUUCAGCACAUAUCAGCCCCUUUAG